AUCAUACUUUUGAUUUGUUGACCCAUGACCCACGUGCAAAAAUAGGAAAAUAUAUAUUUGCAAAAUGGCACAAAUAUUAAGUGGAAAAGAUGUCUCAGAAGAAAUAAGACAGGGAUUAAAGACUGAGAUAGAGCAAUUAAAAACUACUUAUCCUGGCUUUUGUCCUGGAUUAGCCAUUGUUCAGGUGGGUGAUAGAGAUGAUUCUAAUGUGUAUAUUGGUCAAAAAGUCAAGAAUUCUGGAGCUAUAGGAGUUGCUGCUAGACAUGUCAAAUUACCAAGAACAUCAACACAGUCUGAGGUUUUGGAUGCUGUUGAAGGUUUGAAUUCUGAUCCUGCUGUUCAUGGAAUGAUUGUUCAGCUUCCUUUAGAUAGUGAAAAUGAAAUAGACUCCCAUCGUGUAACUAAUGCUGUCAGACCAGAGAAAGAUGUUGAUGGAUUACAUCAGAUCAAUGCUGGUAAAUUGUCUAGAGGAGAUUUAGAUAGCUGUAUUUUACCAUGUACACCUAAAGGAUGUCUGGAACUCAUCAGAAGAUCAGGAGUGACAAUUGCUGGUUCCACAGCUGUUGUAGUUGGUAGAAGUAAAAUUGUAGGAUCUCCUAUGGCUGAUUUGUUGAAAUGGAAUCAUGCUACUGUGACUGUAUGCCAUUCUAAAACACAAAAUUUACCAGAUAUUGUUAAGACAGCAGAUAUUGUAGUAGUAGGAAUAGGCAGACCACAAAUGGUGAAAGGUGAUUGGAUAAAAAAAGGGGCUGUAGUUGUAGAUUGUGGUAUCAACUCUAUUCCAGAUGCAACAAAGAAGUCUGGAAAGAGACUGGUUGGUGAUGUAGAUUUUGAUGAAGUGAAACAAGUAGCAUCAUGGAUCACCCCAGUUCCUGGUGGUGUAGGUCCUAUGACUGUAGCCAUGCUGUUACAGAAUACUGUAGAACAGGCCAGGAAAACAGCUGCAAAAUCUGUGGCAGGAAAAUGGAACCUUGAACUCAACCCAUUGAAGCUUGUUACUCCAGUACCGAGUGACUUAGUCAUAGCCCAGUCCCAGACACCUAAAAACAUAGAAAUAUUGGCAGAUGAGAUAAGCUUGCUGAAAGAUGAAGUAGAUUACUAUGGUAAAAAGAAAGCCAAAGUUUCAUUGAAAGUUCUAGACAGAUUACAGAAUAAUAAGAAUGGCAAAUAUGUUGUAGUCACAGGGAUUACACCAACACCACUAGGAGAGGGUAAAAGUACUACAACCAUUGGAUUAGCUCAAGCUUUAGGUUCACAAUCAAAGAAAAAUGUAUUUGCCUGUGUUCGUCAGCCAUCUCAAGGACCUACCUUUGGAAUCAAAGGUGGAGCUGCAGGAGGAGGUUAUUCACAGGUCAUCCCUAUGGAGGAAUUCAACCUCCAUUUGACUGGUGAUAUCCAUGCUAUCACAGCAGCCAAUAAUUUGCUUGCUGCUCAGAUUGAGGCUCGUAUGUUUCACGAAAGUACACAAACUGAUGAAGCUUUGUUUAAGAGAUUAGUACCAGAUGUCAAAGGAACUAGAACAUUCUCCAAAAUACAACUUGCUAGACUGCAGAAAAUAGGAAUAGGAAAAACAGAUGCCAACAGUUUUACACCAGAAGAAGUAAAAUCCUUUGUUAGAUUGGACAUUGACCCAAAAACCAUUACCUGGCAAAGAGUGCUAGAUACUAAUGAUCGUUUCCUAAGAAAAAUCACAGUUGGUCAAGGUCCACUUGAAAAAGGCCAUACAAGAGAGUGUCAGUUUGAUAUAGCAGUAGCAAGUGAGAUAAUGGCUAUAUUGGCUCUGACCACUGGAUUACGAGACAUGAGAGAGAGGCUUGGUAGAAUGGUAGUAGCCAGUAGUACCAGUGGUGUCCCUGUCACAGCUGAUGACCUGGGUGUUAGUGGUGCUUUGACUGUGCUAAUGAAGGAUGCUGUCAGACCUAAUCUUAUGCAGACACUUGAGGGAACACCGGUAUUUGUUCAUGCAGGCCCAUUUGCAAACAUUGCACAUGGAAAUUCAUCUAUCAUAGCAGAUAAAAUUGGAUUAAAGUUAGUUGGAGAAGAGGGUUUUGUUGUGACUGAAUGUGGGUUUGGUGCAGACAUUGGUAUGGAAAAGUUCUUCAAUAUCAAAUGUAGAUACUCCAAUUUAAUUCCCAAUGCUGUGGUACUAGUUGCUACUAUCAGAGCACUAAAGAUGCAUGGAGGUGGACCUACUGUAACAGCAGGAGUACCUUUACCAAAGGAGUAUAUUGAGGAGAACUUAGAUCUCCUGGAGAAAGGUUGUAGUAAUUUGAGAAAACAAAUAGAAAAUGCCAACAAGUUUGGUGUACCAGUAGUUGUAGCUGUGAAUUCAUUUGCUACAGAUACCCCUGCAGAGGUAGCCUUAGUUCAGAAGUUUUCAAGAGAAAAUGGAGCUUUUGAUGCUAUUAAGUGUAGCCACUUUGCACAUGGAGGUCUAGGAGCGGCAGAAUUAGCUGAGGCUGUUAGCAAAGCUACUCAACAACCGAGUGACUUUAAGUUCCUGUAUAGUGUUGAGAAAUCUAUUGAAGAGAAGAUAGAGACAAUAGCCAAAGAGAUAUAUGGUGCUGAUGGUAUCGAAAUAUUACCAGCAGCCCAAGAACAGAUUGAUAGAUACAAGAAACAGGGAUUUAAUGACUUUCCUAUUUGUAUGGCCAAGACUCAUCUGUCCCUGUCACAUGAUCCUACAAAGAAAGGAGAACCUAAAGGUUUCACUGUACCUAUCAGAGAGGUCAGAGCAAGUAUUGGUGCAGGAUUUAUCUACCCUUUGUUGGGAACAAUGGCUACUAUGCCAGGAUUACCCACAAGGCCAUGUUUCUAUGAUAUUGAUCUGGAUCCAGAAACAGAGGAGAUUGUUGGUCUUUCAUAAAAAUAGAAAGUACAAAAUGUGAAAAUGAUUGACAUAACCUCAAUUAUGAAAUAUUGAAAAUCAUGAUGAAAAAUAGAAGUAUGCAGAAAUGUAUUAUACUUAUUUUUUAUUUUUAUAUUACAUGCUGAGAACAAUCAAGUGUUAAAAGUACCUGUUAUAUACAUCUGUUGAUUUGAAAAGAAAGCUUAUAAGUAUCUGAUAGUUAUUUACAGUAAUAUCUACACUUCUGAUUUAUCUGAAUUUAACUGCAACAGUUUUAAUAUACCCUACUUAUUGAUGUGUCAUGUAGUUUUCAACCUACAAGCAAGUUUUCUUUCCCAUUUUUUUUUAUGCUGGGUGGAUCUUUAAACUUAUUUGAUCAGAGGGACAUAGGUUUGGGUUGUAUAAAGAAAAUAUAAGAUUGAAAUUGUAUAGAAGUUAGAUAUUAUGGAAUGACUGGAAGAUUUGUUAUCAAUAUGGGGUUUAUUCAAAGAUGUAAAGAUUAUAAACAGAUUUUCAAUUGUAGUUAUGGACAGUUGUGUCUAAACCAAGUAGAUAAGAUUUGGUUCUGUAUGAAGAAUUUAAGUAUUUUGGUGGUUUUUCUUAAUUUGAAGACUUACUCAUGGGUAAAAUA